AUGUUCCUUCAAUUCAGACAAGUCCUGGUGAGUUUGGCAUUGGCGACACUCACACUAACACUCCAAGCCAAUGGGUUCGCCGCGCGGAUAGAUACGACGCCAGGACUCAAAGGAAAGAGAUACUUCAUUGAAGAAGAUGGCAUCAAGCGUACCGUGUUUGAACAUGAAGAUACUGGUGCCACAAUUGAUUUUGUAACGAACUCUGGUAUCUGCGAGACAACCCCCGGUGUGAAUCAAUACUCUGGAUAUAUCUCUGUUGGCAAGAACAUGAGUAUGUGGUUCUGGUUCUUUGAAGCGCGCCAUGAGCCGGAAACUGCCCCUUUUGCACUAUGGUUGAAUGGCGGUCCAGGAUGCUCCUCAAUGCUUGGUUUAUUCGAGGAAAAUGGCCCUUGCAAGUUCUCCAACAAUGAGUCUACUCCGUCCCUAAAUCCAUAUAGCUACAACGAGUACGCCAAUAUGUUGUAUGUUGAUCAGCCAAUUGGGACUGGUUUUUCGUAUGGAGACGACACCGUGAAUUCUACUGUCACUGCUGCUCCAUAUGUUUGGAAAUUGCUGCAAGUUUUCUUUGCCAAUUUCCCUCAAUACGAGUGUCGUGACUUUGGCCUUUUCACAGAGUCGUAUGGCGGGCAUUAUGGACCAGAAUUCGCCGACUACUUUCAAUCUCAAAAUGCUGCCAUUUGCGACGGGCACCUGGAGGCCGAAAAAAUCGAUCUUGUUGCCCUCGGAAUCAACAAUGGAUGGUACGAUGCCAGUAUCCAAGAGAAAGAGUAUAUCAAUUUCAGCCGCUACAACAGCUAUUACCCCCUCAUCAACGAGUCCACCUACACGGCAUACCUGAACGCAUGCGAGACGCAGUGUCUGCCCGCUCUCCAGAACUGUACCAGCACCACCGGACAGCUCACCGAGUGCAACGCCGCCCAAACCGCCUGCGACAUUGUAGACACCGCCUACGGAAACUAUUACCCCAGUUUCAACGCCUACGACAUCCGGCAGCCUGGCACGGGGCCCAGUUUCCCACCCGAUACGUAUGUUGCAUAUCUGCAUGAUCCGGCUGUCAUGAAAGCCAUCGGCGCGAGGAGCACUUACACUGAGUGUCCUGAAGCUCCCAGCGUAAACUUCUGGCUCACCGCCGACUCUUCCCGUUCUUUCGAAGCGACGCUCUCAUCCGUCGUCCAGUCGGGAAUCACGACCGUGAUGUUCGCAGGCGAUGCCGAUUCGGUCUGCGAUUGGUUUGGCGGCCUCGCGUGCGCGAACGCGGUCUCGUAUCCAGGGGCGCCGGCAUUCAGGAAUAAAGAGGUGGCUAAUUAUACGGUGAAUGGCGAGGUCAAGGGGACGUUUAAGAGUGUGGGGAAGCUCAGCUGGUUGAGGGUUUUUGAUUCAGGGCAUGAGGUGCCUGCGUUUCAGCCCGAGUUGGCGCUGCAGGUUUUCAAGCAGACGAUGCAGAAGAAAGGCUUGUUUUCGACGUAGAUUAGGGGGGAUUUUGCUGGAGAUGUGUAGCAAGGAUACGGGAUACGGGAUACUUUUCUUGAGUGUUGGAUUUUGCGAUAGAGAUGAAUUGUUUAAUGGCCUGCAAAGUCUACUAGAGGUAGUUUAAGGGAAUAGGCAU